GGCGCUCGGUGAUGGCCUAUACCCUGUGGUAGUAGUGCAGUAUUUCCAGCAGUUGUGCCCAUCGGUUCUUCCGCGUUUUCCUGCCCUGUUCUCCUGUGACGUGUUGUGCUGACGGCGGCCUUGGCGCUGGAGGAGCGGGGGGCUGUAGCAGGACAAGACCUGGCUCUAGACGCUUUCAGCAGAGCUCCAGAAGAAACCCAUAACCCCUCCUUCUCUGCCUCUCUGCGGCCCGCCCAAAUAACACAAAAUCCCGUCUGAAUCGUGCCCGAGUCUGGGGAAAGCAGCGGCCUGGGGAAGGACGAGGGAGAGAGGCCAUCCCUGCAGUAGGAGAAAUCUGCUCUCCAGUAACAAAUGCAGUGCGAAGACAAUGGAUGAGGAUGACACCAGGCUUUCUAUACAAUCCAGCGAGCCUAAGUUAAUACUACACGGAUCGGAUGAGGGUGGUGCCGGCGGGCAGUUUGUUGUGGAGCUUCAAGAGACUGUGUUGGUAUCAGAAGGCGAGGGGGAAGGCAUGGCGGUUCACAGGUUUGCCUCAGAGGAGCUAGUCAUCCAGGAUGCAGUUGAGGAUGUGGUUUCUGAGUAUGUACACUGCGAUGAAGAUGAAGAUGUUGCUGUAGAGACCUGUGUGAUGGCCCUAGAGGGAGACGAGGAAGGAGUAGCCAUGAGUGACAUCCCAGAGGACGGCUUGGACCCAGAACAGCAGGACGAGGACCAGGACGGCUGUGGAGACUACUUAAUGAUAUCUUUGGAUGAAGCUGGUAAAAUGGUGUCUGAAGAUGGGACAGAAGUGACAGUAGAGGGAGCUGUGGAGGAUCAUGAAGUGGAGAAGGACGAAGAUGGACAAGAAGUCAUCAAGGUGUACAUCUUUAAAGCAGAUUCUGGAGAGGACGACAUGGGUGAAUCUGUAGACAUUAGUGACAAUGAGAAUAUGGCAUUGGCUGACUCUGGACAUCCACUCAGAGAGAAAAUGGUUUACAUGUCUGUAGGCGACUCUCGACACAAUCAAGGAAACCAUGGUGCUGAUGAUGGCGAGGGUUGUGAAAAUCGUAAUGGGGCAGCAAGUGCACUGCUGCACAUUGAUGAGUCUGAUAGAACUGAUGAACUCAGUAGACAAAGGAGCAAGAAGAGGAGGUCUGAGCCACGGCAAGUGCAGACAGCUAUCAUCAUCGGGCCUUAUGGGCAACCUCUAACAGUUUAUCCAUGUAUGCUGUGUGGAAAGAAGUUCAAGUCGCGUGGGUUCCUUAAGCGGCACACCAAGAAUCACCACCAGGAUGUUCUGACCAGGAAAAAGUAUCAGUGCACAGACUGUGAUUUCACUACUAAUAAGAAGGCCAGCCUCCACAACCAUAUGGAGGUGCAUGCUCUGAGCAGCAAAGCUCCAUUUGAGUGUGAAAUAUGCGGGAAGGAGUUCCACCAGCAGUCGGCGCUUUUCACACACAGAUUGCAGCACCAAAGGGAACCCAAAAGCCAGCCACCACCUCCACCCUCCAAAUUGCACAAAUGCAAGUUUUGUGACUAUGAAACUGCUGAACAGGGGCUGCUAAAUCGCCACCUCUUGGCUGUGCAUAGUAAAAGUUUCCCUCACAUCUGUGUGGAGUGUGGUAAGGGCUUCCGUCACCCGUCAGAACUUAAAAAACACAUGCGCACACACACGGGUGAGAAGCCCUAUUCCUGUCUCUAUUGCGACUACAAAUCUGCUGAUUCGUCAAACCUUAAGACUCACAUCAAGACCAAACACAGCAAAGAAAUGCCAUUCAAGUGUGAGCGCUGUUUUCAGACUUUUGCUGAGGAGGAGGAGCUAAUCCAACAUGGACUGACUCAUGAGGAGAAUAAAACCCACCAUUGUGCCCACUGCGAUCACAAGAGUUCCAAUUCCAGUGAUUUGAAACGCCAUAUAAUUUCUGUCCACACAAAAGACUAUCCCCAUAAAUGUGCGGUGUGUGGGAAAGGCUUCCACAGGCCAUCUGAACUAAAAAAGCACUCCCUAUCCCAUCGCAGCAAGAAACUUCACCAGUGCCGACAUUGCAACUUUAAAAUAGCAGAUCCUUUUGUUCUCAGUCGCCAUAUCUUGUCUGUCCACACAAAAGAGCAACAGGCAUCUCCUGAAAAGACUGAGCCCAAGCGGCCAGAGGCAAACGCUUCAGCAGUCUCUCCUAAAAAGUCAGUGAGUGGCUCCAGUGGCUCUGGUCCUCCGGCCCGAGUGAGCGCAGCCAGCCUGGCCAGCAGUGUCACAGUAGUGAUUGGCAAAGGACAAAAGGAGAGAAGAAUUUACCAGUGCCAGUAUUGUGACUACAGCACAGGGGAUGCUUCAGGGUUCAAACGCCAUGUCAUUUCCAUCCACACAAAAGACUAUCCUCAUCGCUGCGAGAUUUGCUCCAAAGGUUUCAGACGGCCCUCAGAGAAAAACCAGCACAUUAUGCGUCAUCACAAAGAUGUAGUCCACACAGAGUGACUCAAAGCAGCCACAUGCUGUGCCACAGCUUAGAACUGUUUUAUUGUACUACACACCCACCAGGCACCAUUCAGAAAACAUCCACCUGUAUACAGUGUAGAGUGCUUGUGCUGCACUUAGUUCAUGUUCUUUUCAACUUUUGACAUUCCCAGGCUUGUAAGUCUUCAAAUGUAUACACAUGUACAUAAUUUUAGAAACCGACCCUCCCUUGGACGUGCACUUGAAACAGCAUGUCCCAUGUGGUGACAGUUGCAUGGCAGAUUGUGCAGAUGUCUUUGUAGUAGAUACACUUUUUACUUUUGUAUUCAUCAAUUUCCCUCAAAUGCAAAGUGGUAAUUGUUUGCAUCAAUAACAAGUUGCUAUGAUAUUGUUUCCAGUAGCACUUGGUCACUUGGUUAAGUAAUGGCGUGUGUUCAACUGUGCAUGUGCCCACAUUUAUGUCUGACAAUUUCUAAUGAAACAGUGGAACGGUGCAGUUCUGUAACUGCUUACUAAUCAUGUACUUCAAUUAUGCAGUAUAUUUUUUAUGGACCAGAACAAUUGCCCAAUCCUGUUGUAGUAAAAUCUUUAUAUCAAUGAGCCAGAUGGCUGUCAUAUUAACUGUUUUUAUCAAAAUAUUUUCUUAAUUUAAAUUGAACAUUAUAUAAAUCAUUUUGAAAGGUG